CAAGCUUUAUAUAGUGUGCUGCCUCAUGCAUUGAGCAAUAAAAACGUGUGACUACAGUUUGGUGCAAGUUAUUGGCAGUAAAAUGACUCCAUUAGGACUCAUCUUGGUCUCAUCAGCACUGCUGGCUGGGGUCUACGCUGCAGGACCACAGGUAUUAAGAGUUACAACCAUCAAGGAAGAACCAUAUGCAAUGUCCAAAGGCUCUGAACUGGAGGGCUUCUGCAUUGACCUGCUGUCAGCUGUCUCCAAGAAAUUAGAUUUUAAGUAUGACAUUAAGCUCGUUAAGGACAGCCGGUAUGGAAAAACAGAUGACAGCGGCAACUGGAACGGCAUGAUUGGAGAAAUUGUCAGAGGGGAAGCAGACAUCGCUGUGGCACCUCUAACUGUUACAGCUAAACGUGAGACAGCUGUGGACAUGACCAUACCCUUCAUGCAGACGGGUCUUAGUUUCAUCCUUAGGAAAGACUUAGCUUCUGAUGACUCGCAGUUCCUCAGCCUUCUGAACCUGUUCUCCACUGAAGUGUGGAUGGGUGUACUGGUCGCCUACCUGCUGACCUCCAUCUGCAUCUUCUUAGUGUCGCGGAUUAGCCCGUGUGAAUGGGAGCAACCAGACACAGAAAAUAAUUUGUUCACGCUCUCACACAGUUUUUGGUAUACCGUAGGUGCCCUGACUCUUCAAGGUGCUGGUCCUCACCCCAAGGCUCUUUCGGGACGGGUCAUUACCUCUAUCUGGUGGCUGUUUUCAUUAGUGCUGCUUGCAUGUUACUUCGCCAACCUCAGUUUAUGGCUGCAUUCAGACAACCAGCAACAGUCAAUCAAGAGCUUUGAAGACCUCGCUAAUCAAAACUUGAUUGAGUAUGGCACCAUUAAAGAUUCUUCCUCUUUUGCCUUCUUCAAGAACUCAAACAACCCCACUUACCACAGAAUCUAUGAGCACAUCAAGAAUGCCCAGAGCUAUUCACUCAAUGCAGAAGAAGGGAUCCGCAAGGCUCAGAAAGGCAACUAUGCUUUCAUCGGCGAAUCUGUGUCCCUUGACCUGGCAGUGGCGAGAUACUGUAACCUCACACGCGCCCCAGAAAUCAUCGGCAUGAGGGGAUACAGCAUCGCUGCUCCUUUAGGCUCUCCUUUGGUGAAAAACCUAAGUGUUGCCAUUCUGCAUCUGAGCGAGUCUGGUGAGCUGGAUUAUUUCCGCAGUAAGUGGUGGGCCAGCAGUUGUAUGGCAAAAAAUGGCAAGAGUGCUCCACUGAAGCCCACCAGUCUGAAGGGAAUCUUCUUAUUACUGGCACUCGGUCUGGGACUGGGGCUUUUCUUGGCUCUAAUGGAACUGGCCGCCAAAUCACGCAAAAUCGCUAACACUCAGCAGAAAUCCUGCUGCUCUGUGAUGUCUGCUGAACUCAGUCAGCGCUUCAGAGGUGGAGAGCUGACUACACCGGAAUCCUCUGAGAAAAACAAAGCCUAAAAAGCAAAGCCCCAACAAAGCACUGACACAUAUGCAUUUAAUCACUUAAUGUUCAUUAUGUCCACAAAACAGUUAUUAACUACUAACAAAACUGGGAGGGUGAAACUCAUGAAAACAUUUUAUUUGUUGUGCAUACUUUAAAAC